AUGGAUCACAUGUACUAUGUGAAAAACAGGAAUUUCUGGACCAUGGAGGUUCCCAAUGGCCUCACUUGGUCUUUGAGGAAGAUUUGGAGGGGAAGAGAUGAUCUAGUUGAUGCUGGUUCUACUCAUUAUGUGUUCAAUGGCAAAUACAGCAUUAGGAAUAUGUACAAGAUCUUGAAAGGUGAUACUGAAAAGGUGGAUUGGAAAAGGCUAGUGUGUAAUAACACACCUAGCCCUAAGAGUCUGUUUAUAUUGUGGUUAGCUAUUCAAAACAGACUUCCCACCAAGGACAGACUAAUAAGUUGGCACUUAGACAUUGAUGGUACCUGUAGUCUUUGCAACCAAGCUACUGAAUCUAAAGUGGGGCAAGGUGAAAGGAGACUAUCUUUUCCAGAGGAGAUUACAAGGGCAGCAAAGAAGUGUAGAAGUAAGAAAGCAAAAAACAAAGUGUUUAGCCUUGUUUUUACUGAGGCAGUUUACCAGAUUUGGCUGCAAAGAAACAUGAAGAUCUUCAACAACAAAAUUGAUACUGUUGCUGCUGUAGUUAAUAGAAUUUUGUUUAAUGCAGCUUAUAGAUGUUCUGAUGACAUGAGUGCUCAGUUGGUGUAA